AUGUUGCUGCGCCUAUCAGCGAUUGGUCUAUGCCAGCUUGCGCUGGCAACUUUCCAUCGGAGCCAGUCCUCGUCCAAUCUGUCCACGUGCCCUCCGUGUGACAUCGACGACUGGAAUGAUGAGAGCUUCAAGCAGUGCAACUUCUGGGGUGACCCUCACAUCACCUCCAGCUAUGGUGAUCUGGAUGCUUUCGACUUUCAGGGCAUCGGUUUGUUCAAGUGGGCGGUGUCCAGUGGAUGCGGCUACAAGUUCCAGGUGAACGCCUUCACAUGCAGGUACACGCCGCGGCUUUGGAGCAACAGCAUCACACGCUAUCUGGCCAUUCAGAUGGGUGACGACAUCAUCUACAUCAACAACACCAAUGUAGGUGGCAGCGGCCUGGACAUGGUGGAUGACCCGACCUUCAGUCGUGCAACUGCCGGUGUCAACAUCCAGAGCCCGGACAAAUGCUUCCGAAUGAAUGUGAACGUGAAACCGCUUGAUGGAGGCCUUCGCUGGUACCACAAUGUGAAGCUCCGCAUUUUCAAGGAUGUCUUGGAAAAGGAUGGCAUCUGCGGUUCAUCCGAUCUGCUCGGUCAGCUCGUGUAUUCUGACGAUUCCGACACGCUCUUCACGGACGAGCAGCUCACCGAGAUGUGCACCACCUGCACGGAUCCGAACGCGCCGCCUCCGUUGGGUUGUCCCGGGACUGGGCCUGGCACUAACAGUCCAGGUUGCGAGUUCAUGAGCCAGUCCAGCAACCUGAACAGUUUCGAGUGCACAGAGGACAAGCUCCCGAAAGAUGGGAGCUCCGUCGAGGCGGGCAACCUGAGCACGUACCAAGGUUUGACCAAGAACGGAGACCACUGUCUAGCCUACGUCAAGACAAAGGGAGGUGGCUCCAGCGCCAGCUGCGCGCAAUACUGUGAGGAUAUUGGCUCGACAUGCGUGGGUGUGUGGGAUCAACUUUCUGGUACGACCUGCGCAUUGGAUCCAAUCAAUAUCACCGUGAAUCACGGUGCAACUUGCCACAACCGCGCUGGCCUUCGGGACAUGCUCUGCAUUUGUGACAAGCCUAGUCCUGACAAUCCCUUUCCUGGCCCUUCCCCGGGACGUGUCUGUGGGAGUGCCGAGUCCUUCAACGAAGCCGUGGACCUCUGCAAGGUUUGCCUCCCAAAUGCUGAGUUCACAGACGCGCCAGUCGCCGAACAAGACAAGCGCCUGAGAAGUUGUGUCAUCGACAUCUGUUCCCUCCCGGGUACAGCCACCCUCGACGACAAGGAAGCCAUCGCCGAGAACUCCUGUGAGCAGGACCCCGAUCUCCCGCCCGACGGGAUGAAGGUCUGCUCCGCGGCGGGGUUCUGCGAAGCCAUCUGCGUCGACAACCUCGUGUUCCCAACCAUUGGCGUCAGUGCCUGCCACGGCCUCUGCAAGCCUAUCUUCGAGUCCAAGGUGAAGGGCGGUCUCCGGGGAUUCUGCGACUACAAGGACACCUGCUCUGGCUACGACUGCAGUGACUCGUCUUACUACUGCCCGCUGCUGUGCCAGAGCUUGGAGUGCGACCAGAAUGUCCAGGACGGAUGUUCUGGGUGCGAACAACGGUGCGCGGAUCAAUUCGCAGAUGUGGACGACAUCCUGGAGGAGUACUGUAGAGACAGUGCUCUGGCGGGAAUUGUAGAAGACUUGGAGAAGUUGCUGAGAAGCUGCAGCCAUGACUCUAAUCUCUUAUCUCCUCACCGUCUCAGAUUUUGCGCAGAGUAUUGCAAGAGCGACGAGAAUGGCAACAACCCGCUCCACUUUGACCCCGCUGAGUGCAUUGCCUUUUGUACCAGUGAUGCCGGGUACAACAGCAUUAUCGGCAUCGUGGAAUCCAAGUUCUGCCCGCACUCGAACAGCAUUAGCGCCGGACAGGAUACCACGCCUUCCCCAACAACGUCCACUCCUGGUGCCAACAUCUCCAUUUGUGAUGACAGAGGGUUUUGUGACGCAAUUUGUGACAUUGGCUUCGCUGGUGCCCAGUGCCGGGCAGACUGUGGUGCGGAAGCGCGGAAGAUCACUCGCACGUUCUGCAGAUGUGGCGUGUGCUCCCACAGCAUGCUCCAGGAAACCGAGGAAGUGGGCCUUCUGCACUUCCGUGCCCCUACGCCUGGGGCACCCGAGCUGGGCGGCGAGCUCAGCAGCUGCCGCUGCCGAAACCCCUCGUACUACUGCAAGAAGCUCUGUGAUGAUGGCUUCAAGCGCCAUGGUGACCGCGAGCUUGUUUGCGUGGAGAGCUGUCUGGUGAAGUUUCCGGAAGUGCUGCAAGUCCUGGAGACCUACGAAGACACUUGCCCAGCAUGCCAGGCCAGGCGAGGUGAUGAUGACAAGGGGGACGAUGACAGGAGGAACGAUGACGACAAGAAGAGGGACAGUGGUGGGGCCUUCAUGUCGGUGGUACGGCGCAUUCACAUUCUGCCGUUUCAUGAUGGCACUUUCCUGGUGGAUGCACAUGUGGAGUCACUGUUUUUGAAGACUGCAAUCCUAUGCUGUGAAAGUACGAUCGCAUCAAUGCUUGUAGAUGGCAGAAGGAACAAGGAUUGA